AAGCGGCCGCGCCGCGCUGCCCGCCCGGGAUGCGGCCCCGGCGGCCGGGCCGGGCAUGAGGCACGGCGGGGGCAGCACCGGCACCGGCACCGACCGCUCCCGGGCACCGGCGGGGCUCCUCCUCGCUCUCUGCUAUGGACAGUGCCAUCACCCUGUGGCAGUUCCUCCUCCAGCUGCUCCAAGAGCCCCAGAACAAGAACAUCAUCUGCUGGACCUCCAACGACGGGGAAUUCAAGCUGCUGCAGGCAGAGGAGGUGGCCAGGCUCUGGGGGAUCCGCAAGAACAAGCCCAGCAUGAACUAUGAUAAACUCAGCCGGGCGCUGCGCUACUACUACGUGAAGAAUAUCAUUAAGAAGGUGAAUGGAAAGAAGUUCGUGUACAAAUUCGUGUCGUACCCGGAGAUCCUGAACAUGGAUCCGCUGGUGGUGGGCCGGAUCGAGGGGGACCCCGAAAUGCCCGGCUUUGGGGAGGUGACCAGCGCCCCCAAGGACGUGGAAAACUGUGGGAAGGAGAAAUCCCAGUCCUGUGCUAAAGCCUCCAGCCGCAACGACUACAUCCACUCAGGCCUCUACUCCUCCUUCACCCUCAACUCCCUCAACUCCUCCAGCGUGAAGCUCUUCAGGUCCAUCAAGAUCGAGAACCCGGCCGAGAAGCUGGCGGAGAAGAAACCUCAGGACCCCACUCCCUCUGUCAUCAAAUUUGUCACCAUGCCCUCCAAAAAACCUCCCUCUGCCCCCCUGGUCUCCACCACCUCGGCGGUGGCUGUCACCUCCACGGCUUCUGCCGCCCCGGCCGUGUCCUCGUCGCUUCCCCUGGGCUCCGAGGAGACUCUGCAGAGCCUGGAGACGCUCGUCCUGCCCAAGCUGAGCGUCCCCGAAGCUCCUCCAGCACCUUUGCCAAACCUGAGCACCAGCUUCACCCCGACCCCGCCCAUGGCCUCGGUGUCUCCUGCCCUCCAGGUGCCCUCCACGCCCCCCUCGCCGCCCCUCAGCUCCAACCCCGACCUGGACAUUGACACGGACAUCGAAUCUGUGGCUUCCCAGCAGCUGGAGCAGGCUCAGAGCCUCCAGCACCAAUCCCCAGAGCCCAAAGAGCAGCAGGAUUCAGCUGGGCUGGAGAAGGAAUUUGCCAAUCACCUCUCCAGAUCGAAAAAACCCAAAGGGCUGGAGCUGGCUCCCACUCUGGUCAUCACGGGCAGCGAUCCGAGUCCUCUGGGCAUCCUCAGUCCUUCCCUCCCAACUGCUUCUCUUACUCCAGCACUUUUCUCUCAGACUCCCAUCCUGCUGACCCCCAGCCCGCUGCUCUCCAGCAUCCACUUCUGGAGCACGCUGAGCCCCGUGGCCCCGCUCAGCCCUGCCCGCCUGCAAGGUGCUAACACCCUCUUCCAGUUCCCAUCAGUGCUGAACAGUCACGGCCCAUUUACGCUGUCGGGACUGGAUGGACCCUCCACCCCCGGCCCCUUUUCCCCGGAUCUCCAGAAGACAUAGCACAUGGAAUUCCUGGAAUUCCUGCGAAAGGACACCGUGGGACACUUCCGUUCAACCACACCUUUUUUUUUAAAGCGAGCAGUUUGUAAUUCCACAGAGAUUCUCCACAGUUGUUGCCAUUCCCGGAUCAAAAAGAAAAAAAAAAAAACCCACAAAAAAACAUUUUUUUUUGCAAAAAUUCCCCCCUUUUUUGGAAGAACCCAGGUUGGGAAUGUAUAUGCAAACGCCUUAAUAGGAGCUGCAGCUCCAGUCUCUUCUCCUCCUUGGUUUGGAAGGUUUUUUUCCACCUGUCCAAAAGGAAUUUUGGGUGGUGUUGGAGCAACUGAGUCUGCAGCAAACAGCACCGGAGGAGGCUUUUCUAUGUGACUCUUGGAAAAACAAACAAACAAAACCCUCUGUUCUUCUGCUUCCUGUGCUCAGCAAGGAGAAGCCUGGAUCCUGAUGGAAGCUGGCAUUCCAGGAAAAAUUUGGGAAUGAAUUUUGGGGUGUGUGCUGUCGGCUCUGCCCCCGGGGGCACCAGAACUUGUGCAGCAACAAAAGCAGCCGGGGCUUUUCUGCUGCCCUUCUCACUUUUUAUUUUUUUCUUUGCAAGGAAUUUUCUUUUUUUUUGAGGAUUUAUUCCAAGUUUAUGUCCAGGACAAUUCUGUGGAGCCCCUGGGAGAAGAGGUGGGGCUGGAUUUUGGAUGUUUCCCUGCCCUCCUUCCCUUCCCCAUGGACAGUUGGGAUCAGCUCCUCUCACUUCUCACACAAUUUGAAUGCUGGAGUCCAAACAUUUCUUGUGCCAGAGCCUGGGAGCUCCUGCUGGAUCAGCAGGAUGGCAGCAGGAUUUUCCCUGCACUUUUGGAGGGUUUUCCUUGGGUUUUUGGGGGAUUUUCCUUGGGUUUUUAGGGGAGGUUGCUGCCUGACCUGCAAUUCCAGGGCCCAGCAGGGUGAGUGAGAACAGCAACAUCCCAGCAUUUAGUGUUGCUCCUCUUUUCUCCACAAUUUUGGGAAAGCUUCCUGCUUUUCCCCACGUGGAAAAGCUCCUCUUCUGCUGUUUUUUACCCCAGGUUUUGCAGUGGAGCUGUUGAUUUAUUUUUUUUUGGAGGGAGCGCUGACCCCAAAGCAGGCUGAGGGGUUCCACGGGGUUCAGCCUGGUGGUAAAUCUGCUUUCACCUCCUUGGUGUCCUGGAUUAAAAAUGCAGAAUUGUUCUCCAGAGCCGUUAUUGGAGGUGAGGUGGAAUUUGUGUAGGUGGAUUUUUACACCUCAGGUGGCCUUGUAAGAAAAUUGAGGGGUGGGAAACACGAGAGCUGCUCCUCUCUCAGCCCCUCAGCCUGGCUGUGUUGGGCUGUGGGUCUGUGUCCUUCCAAUUUGGGGCGUCUGAUGUCAGGCAGCAACUUCUGGGUGUGAGUUGGGGGUGUCAGAGGAUCUUCCCCAUAAAAUAUUCCCAGAAAAACAGAUGGAGACAUCUCUUUCCUUCAGCAUCCUGCGAGCUGCCACGAGCAGAGGAAGAUUUUCCCCUCUCCAGCACGAGGAGCUGACAGUGUUUGCUGUAAAUACUGCACCUAUUCCACGGAUAAGUGGUGAACUCAAACUUUUCCAGAGGUUUUUUUGGUUUUUUUUUUCCCUUCUGCCACUUUUGCAGGCUUGGAAUUCCCUUUAAAGCCACAACAAACACCCGGGACUUUUCUUUUCCUGCAGUGAUGUUCCCUUUCUAUAUCCUGCCAUUGAGAUACAGAAAAAAAAAAACCACUUUUGUGUGUUCCUGACGUGACACCUGGGACAGGUGGGUGGAACAGAGUCGCUUUUUUUUGGGCAUUGUUCACCUGCCCAGGGGAAAAGUGGGAGAAAAAAAAUAUUCCUUUUUCAGGUGGAGAAGCAGGGAGUGAGCUCAUGGAGUGACCUGUCUUCCUGUUGGCUCCUGUCAGAGGCAAAAAAAUGCUUCACAUUUAGACAUCAGCAGAUGCAGGAGGAAAUUCCUGCGCCAGCAGCUCUUAAAAUGUGCAAUAUUGACCUUUUGUUUUAAUUUAAUUUUUAUUUUUGACAUGCAGAAGCGAAGCUGCAGGUGAUCAUGAAGAGCAGGCAUCUGGAAUUUUUUUUUUUUGCUUUUUUGGAGCCUGCUCUGGGAAAUUUUCUAGAGCUAUGUAUAAAUAGCAGCACUUUGGUUGGUUCAGGUUGGCCAAUUUUAUGCCUACCAAAUACGUGGACUUUUGACAUUUGCAGGCUGGGAUUUGAAUUGAAAAUUCAUGAAUGAUGAGCACUAAAAACUUGCAAUUUAAUUGCUUCCCUUUCCCUCUUGUUCCCCUGUGGAGAAAAGCCAAGUUUAGCUGUUGAAAAAUUUGUGCACUUAAUUCUUCGUGAGCUUUUAUGGCUUUGGGCAGAGGGUCAAGCCCAAAAAAAAAUAUUAUUUGUGGGCUCCUGCUCCUCUCCAAGCAGCUUCCCAAAAUUGCUGUGCCGCAGAGAAUCCAGGUUUUCCUGUGGGAAUGCUGAGUUUUUGUGGAAUGAGAAGGUUGAAUUCCCUGGAUGGGAAAGUUUCCACCAGGUAAAAAACCCAAAAAAAAUCAGAUUGAGAAGCUCAGGAGGGAAAGCUGAUGGAAAAGGGAGAGGAGCAGCUUUCGCUGCCUUUUCUCCACUGCAAUUUUCAGGUCACUGAAAAUUAUUUCAGGAAAUAAAGGGAAUAUUUCCUUGUGCAUGUGCUGCCUGCCAGGGAGCUGCCAGCUUUUCCUGGCUCGCAUUCCUGACAGAGCCUCCCUGUCAGCUGCUGGUUCUUUAGGUCACUUCAGGAGCACUUUUUGUGCAGCUCCUUGUUUUUAAUUUAACUUAGGGCAGGUGGGGUUAGAGUAGAUUCUGUUUUAGUUCUGUACCGUGGUGAUUUAAAAAAAAAAAAAAUUAAAAAUGCAGCAUUAGAGAAGCUUUUUUCCCCCUUAGGUUCUUGUUGCUGGAGUAGCUUUGGUUUUGUGGAAUUAUUGGUGAUUUUUGCAUCAGUUCGUUCCUGGCUGGCUUGGGUUGUGUGGAAGGUCAAAGCAUUUGGAAGGAAAAGCGUUUUGGUAGAACAAAAAGAGUUUGGUAGAAGACAGACAAGAGCCCAGCAUCCUCCCCAGCUUCUGGAAAUGGGAAUAAAUCCCUAAAAUUCAAAAAUCUGGUAGGAUUUAAGGGCGUGGAAGCUGAAUUUGUGUCUUGCUCCUGGGAAUCUCUUGUUUUUUUGGGAUUUUUUUCCAUGUGGAGCUGCUGCUGCUGUUUGGGAUCCUGGAUUUUCAGGGUUCCUGGCAGGAGCAGCCCGUGCCAACAGGAAAAUGGCCCAUGGUUAUGAAAUCCUUGAUUUUCUGUCUUCCCUGGGAAGGUGAUCCUGGUAAAAAGAGGGGGAUUCAGGAAUUUUGGGGUUUUUUAGCAGCAGCUUUAGGUUUAGAGCUUUGUUCCAGACCCGUCCUCAGCAGGGGAUGCAGUUCCCUGCCCAGGUUUUGGCACAUUCCAGCUCUGUGGUAGGAAAAGAUAAAAUUCCUGGAGUUGGACAAUUCCUUCUUUUCACUUGGAGCCUCCCAAGGCUUCAGGACCUGUGGGAUCUUUGGGAUGAUGGAGAACAGAAAGGCUUUGGUUGGGAUCAUUUCCCCCUCUGACACAUUUUCAAACCUCGGCUGUCUCACAAAUGGAAUAUUUUGGGUUUUAAAUGUUCAUUCUGAGGGCAGUGAAGCUGCUGAGGUGCAGAUCUCCCUUCCCCACCUUCCCCCAGCCCGGGGAGCUGCAUCCCUGUGGGAUUCCCUGGAAAUUCCAGCUGGGAUGGGGGUGAAGGGCUCUGCUCCCCUCCUGGAGCUUUUCCUCCAGCUGAGCUCACAACCUGCAGCUCUGCCCCUCUCUUGUGGCUUUAUUCAUUUAUCAUUUAUCAUUUAUUUCCCUUUUUCCCUCCUGUUUUCUGGCAUUUUUUGAUGUGCUCUGCAGUUUCACCUCUCCCAUUUUUAAGGCAGAUUUGUUUCCAUCUCGGUGUUGUACCAAGGUGUUGUCAGCUCUGGGUCAGGGAAUGUUGUUAAAAUCCACAAGUACUUAACAACUUUUUGAGUUUUGGGCGAUUAUUGUGGUUUGUUUCCUUGCUCGGCUCUGUGAGGGAUAGAAUCUGGAUCUGGAAGAGGAGAAAUGGGGGAAGAAAACAAAAAAAAAAAGAGAAGUUUUGGCCUCUGAGGUGGUGGGGUGGUUUUGUCUUAAAAAUCACAGAGUGGGUGUUGCAAGCAGCCCCUGAGAGAGCCCAAAAUCCCUGAAUAUUCACUCAGGAGCUCUCCAGGAUGUUUGAUCAGGCUGGUGCUGCCUGAACAGAGGUUGGUUUGGAGUUAAUUAAGCAGUAAUUAGCGGUGGCUGUUGAGUGUGAGCAGAUCAGGGGAGUGGGGCAGGCUGGAGCUGCUGGAUCAGAGCUGGCAGAGGGAGAUUUUGGGAUAAAUGCAGGGACAGUUUUAUGUCCCUUUUCCUUGGGGAAUUCUCAUUCCCCUCUGGGUUUAGGGCUGAGAAGUUGAUUUGGAAUAAUAAAGCUAGGGAGAAAAAAAAAACAAACAAAAAAACCAAAAAAGGGAGAAAAUUCCAGGGAAAAGCAGUCCUGUGUGAGACCAGGGCAGCUGGAAUUCAUCUGGGGGUGAAUCCUUCUCCAGCAGGAAUUUUGGGAGUCAGAAUUCCCAGGAAUCCUGAGAACCAGCACACAUCCAGCAGCAGCAGCUCCAGCUUCCCUGGGCUGGGCAGAUUUUAUGUCUUGGAGGGAUUUAAAUCAAUUUAAAUCAAAUUUUAGCCACUCCAGCACUCCCAUCCAGCUGUGUGCUGUCCUGUUCACCCCUGGAGUGCACAUCUGGUUUGGGAAGGGGAUUUUGGCAGCUGCUCCAACUUCCCUGGGCUGGUUUUUCGGUGUCUUGGAGGGAAUUAAAUAAUUUUAAACCAAACUUUAGCCACUGCAGCACCCCCAUCCCAUCCAGCUGUGUGCCAGUCUUGUCCUGCUCAUUCCUGAGGCAUUUUUGGGGCACAAAAUUCCCCUGGGAGCAAGGGAAGGGAGAGGUGGCCAGAGAGAAAUCCUUGGGAAUGGCACCAAAUCUUCCUCCAGAGGCUGAUUUUAGUCAGGAGGACAAAACACAGGAGCCCCCAGGGCAGUGCUGCCCUUUCCUGUCGGGAUUCCCUGUAGAGCUUGGGGCAGAAAAGUGAAAUUUUGGGUUUUUUGGUGUCACUAAAUCCUGAACUGAGGGAUUUUAUUCCUGCCUUUAUGCCAGGAAUCAGCAGAAUGUGUUCCCUGCAGGUUGUUUUCCUGUUGGAACAGCAAAAUGUCUGCUUCCCAUAAAUUAUUUUGGAACAAAACCACCCUAAAACUGGCAAAAAAAAAAAAAAAUAGAAGAAGAAUUUUGUUUCCACCUCCCAAAGCAAGCAGAUUUUGCUUGUGGAGCUCUUCCAGACCCUGAUGAGAAGCACGCUCAGAGCUGAAAAAAUUGUAAGUUUAUUUUAUUUUUUUUUUUUUUUUUUGAUUCCUCAGUGUUUAACUCUGCCUGGAGCACACGUGGGUCAUGCCUGGCAGGAUGUGUUCCCAAAAUUCCAUAUAAAUAUCCCCAUCCUCCCUCGGAGCAGAUUCUGCACUCCUCAGUCGCCACUUUGAAAUGUUUCACACUCCCUUGGGAGGUUUUUUUUUGGGGUUUUUUUUUCCCCCUUUUUUAACACUCAAACCCAUCCUGCCCCAGCGUGCACUCGUGAGUUGCCAAAGGUUUAUUUUUUGAUGUCGUUGCUUGCCACAUCUGAAAAGAAAAUAAGAAAACAAGUGUCUUAAAUGUGUUUUGGAGUAGUUUUGUGUGCGUGGAACAAAAUUUUGGGCUGGAUUUCAGAGAUUUCUGUGCUGAGGUUGUGCUGCAGGAGGUUUUCAUCUCAAAGAGGAGGAAAUGACCCUUUGGAAAUCAGGGAUGUGAGUGGAGCCCAUUGCAGAGCCCUUUUCAGCAGUGCUGUACCAAUAACUGGAAGCUGUUGUUGUUUAUUUUGAUUUUUUUUUUUUCCUUUGGGGUGAUUUUUCUGUGGUUUUUUGGAGCACUGUGCGUGAUUCCCGGAGUGUGCUGUGUGCUGGGCUCCAAUAUUCCAACCCCUGGCUUUGCCCUCAGCUCCUUGGGAUGUGUUUCUGGCUUGUUUUUUAUUAAUUUUUAUUUUCCCCUAGCAUGUCCUAACCCCCUCCAAGCUUUGAACCUAAAAUUGUGUUGAUUUUUAAUUUCCUGUCGUCGUUGUUGUGCUGUUGUUCAGUUGCACAGAGUUUUUUUUUUUCCUAUGUAUAAAAUACACUUUUGAAACGUUUUUCAUUCUCCGUCAACAGGGUUGAGAUUUAUUCUUCGUAACUUUGAAAAAUUCUGAAAAUCCUUUGAAAAAUUCCUUAAAAUUCCCUUUGCCAACCUGUUUUGUAGCCUGUUGCAGUGUUACCAGAUGGCCUUAUGUACGUCACAGUGCUUUGUGAUGGGUACAGUAGCACAUUUAAUGCUUCUUCCCCUCUGUUUUUAGAGCUGAGAAGUUGAUUUGGAAUAAUAAAGUUGUGGGGAGAAGGGGAAAAAAAAAAAAAAAAAAGGGAAAAAAUCUUGGGAAACGCAGUGGUCGUGUCCACGAAAGGAGAUCAGGGCAGCUGGAAUUCAUCAUCAAAAAAUAAAUUUAAAAAAAAAAAGGGAGAAAAUUCCAGGGAAAAACAGCAGUCCUGUGUGAGACCAGGGCAGCUGGAAUUCAUCUGGGGGUGAAUCCUUCUCCAGCAGGAAUUUUGGGAAUCAGAAUUCCCAGAAAUCCUGGGAACCAGCACAGAUCCAGCAGCUUCCCUGGGCUGGGCAGGGGCAUUUUUUUGUGUGUCUUGAAGGGAUUUAAAUCGAUUUAAAUUGAUUUAAAUCCAUUUUUUUAGCCACUGCAGCACCCCCAUCCAGCUGUGUGCUGUUCCUGGAGUGCACAUCUGGUUUGGGAAGGGGAUUUUGGGGUGGGAUCCCUGCUGGAAUUUUCAGGCAGUUUUUUGGGAGCUGGGAGCAGAUCCCGAGCUCUGGAACUCUGGGCUGGAUUUUUUUUACCUUCCCCAGUUUGACCUUGCUGAGAUUUUUCAGAACAAUCAGGGGGGAAAAAAUCCCCUGAAAGGAGCAGAAAGGGGAACAAUUCCAGUGGCUCUUUCCAGAACAGAGUUGCAUUUUUUUUUCCUCUAUAAAUAUAUAUAUAAAUAUAUAUAUAUAAAGUAAAAAUUCAUGAGGCAAAAUCCCCUGAAAGGAGCAGAAAGGGGAACAUUUCCAGUGGCUCUUUCCAGAACAGAGUUGCAUUUUUUUUCUCUAUAAACAUAUAUAUAUAUAAAUAUAUAUAUAUAUAUAAAGUACAAAUUCAAGAGGCAAAAUAACGUUGUAGUGAGUGUCUGAAACUUCCUGCACUGGAGACUUUUCUGGACAAGACAACUGUAAAAAUCACCCCUCGUUUCCAGCUAGGUGACCCUGCCUGGGACAGAAUUGCUUCUCAGUCUAACUUUUUUUAUUUUUAAAUACCUUAUUAGAGUAUUAAUGCCAUUGUGUUUAAAAAAAAAAAAAUGCUGGUAUGUAAUGCAAGUACAUAAAUAGCCAAAGUUUUCAGUAAUUGUUCAGUGUUACUAAAUUUUGCUUUUAUUUAACCUUCUGAGAUAACAUUUAGGAAGACCUUCAGCGUGUAAAUCCUCCUGAAAAUUCAAAGUAUGAGCAACUGGAUUAGGGCAGGGAUGGAGUUGUUUGAGCACAUUUCAGGUUUGAAUACAAACAGGAGGCAAAAAGAUGCAAAAUUUCCUUUGCACUGUCCUGACACUUCAAAGUGACUCUUUGGGAAUUGUUAUUCAAACAUCAUGAAGGUCUUUCCUGAGAAAUCAGGUGACUUUUUUCUAUUGCUUCGAUUUUUGUGCAAAAAAAAAAAAAACCAACAAAACAAAAAUAAAAAAAUCUAUGUAUUGCAAUCUUUUUUUUUUUUUUAAUGGGGUGGGAAUAGUUAAAGAAAACUAUUUUAUGUAAGAACUGACAGAGGGAUUUUGCUUUGUAUAAUGCAAGCUGGCUUUAAAAAAAGCAUUGUAGCAAAUUCAAGUCAAUCAUAUGUUAAUAGUUAUGUGCAACCAGACAUGCAAAACAAUUGUAUUUUUUUAAAUAAAUAUUUUUAACAAA